AUGAAGCGCAAGACUAAUGCGACCGGCUCCAAUGCCAGUGGACUUCCUAAGUCUAAAAAACGAGCUCUCUCUAGUGAGGAAGCUACUGCGCGAUUCCGCGAUGGAUUGUUCGACUCCGCGGAGCAGCAGAAGUACACCGAUGAAUACGCCAAUUCGAACCCAUACUACCAUGGUGUUAUCCACUCCCUAAUUGAACCCUCGUUGCUCCGAUCGGUCCGCGACGAGAUCCAAACCCAGGUCGACUUCACUGAGAAAGAGACAGAUAUCUACAAGAUCUUCCAGUCCGGUGAUUUAGCGAACCUGGACGGCUUAGAUGAUUCCUCCUUGUCGAAGCUCCCCUCCCUUCUGAAGCUCCGCGACGCAAUGUACUCGGCCCGAUUCCGUGAAUACCUGUCUUCUGUGACCGGCUCUGGCAAGUUGAGCGGUCGCAAGACUGACAUGGCCAUCAACGUCUACACCGAGGGUUGCCACCUGCUGUGUCACGACGAUGUGAUUGGUAGUCGCCGUGUUAGCUACAUCCUCUAUCUCACUGACCCCGAUACCCCAUGGCAGGCCGAGUGGGGUGGUGCUCUGCGACUCUACCCGACCAAGACCGAGAAGGAUGCGAAUGGAGACGACGUCAAGAUUCCCAGCCCCGACUUCAGUCUUUCAAUUCCCCCAGCUUUCAACCAAUUGAGCUUCUUCACUGUGCAGCCCGGUGAGAGCUUCCACGAUGUUGAGGAGGUCUACCACUACCGCGAGGGUGAUGACAAAACUAAGAAGCGCGUGCGCAUGGCUAUCAGCGGUUGGUUCCACAUUCCUCAAGAAGGCGAGGAUGGAUAUGAGGAGGGAUUGGAGGAGAAGCUUGCCGAACGCAGCAGUCUUGCUCAGCUUCAAGGCCGUGGAGACAUUUACGAUCUUCCCCAGCCCCAACCCACAUCAUGGGAGCCUGAGGUGAAGGGUAAGGGUAAAGGUAAGGUGGACGAGGAGACUGAGGGAGCUGAGUUCAGCGAGACUGACCUUGAAUUCCUGAUUCAAUACCUGUCACCCACGUACUUGACACCGGAUAUUGCAGAGGAAAUGUCGGACGCUUUCGCAAGCGAAUCAUCGCUUAGCCUUGAGCAGUUCCUCAACGAGAAGUUUGCUUCUCGGAUCAGUGCUUACGUUGAGGACCAAGAGCGACAAACAUUGCCUCCCUCAUCGGAAGAAAUCCAGGCCCAGACUGAAUGGACUGUCGCUUGCCCGCCGCACAAGCAUCGGUACCUGUACCAGCAGCCCUCGGCCAAUGAUACAUCAAACCCUAUUAAGGAAUUGCUGAAUGUGGUCUUCCCUUCGCAGGCUUUCCGCAAAUGGUUGGCUCUGAUCACAGGUGUGGACCACCUCAACAGCCAUGACUUCCUUGCCCGUCGAUUCCGUCGCGGUGGAGACUACACUCUGGCCAGUGAAUACGCAGGCGAGGAGCCACGUCUUGAGUUUACUCUUGGCCUCACUCCUAGUAUUGGAUGGGAGAAGGAAGUGGAUGAAGAUGAGGAGGAUGAGGAGGAGGAGAACGAGAGCGGCAAGGCAUCCUCUUCUUCCAAGCCUAAGCAGAAGGCCGAGGACGAUUCUGCCGAGCACCCGUCUGUGGGUGGAUACGAGAUCUACAUGGCCGGAGAUGACGAUGAGGAAGAGGACGAAGAAGAUGCGGAGAAUGCGGACCAAGUCCUUCGCAAGAAGACCAAGGCUGAUCCUGCAAUUUACCGAUCCGCUGGUGCAGACGAAGAUGAUGGAAUUCUUUUCAGCACGCAAGCGGGAUGGAACCGACUCAGCAUUGUGCUCCGUGACAGCGGCACCUUGAAAUUUGUCAAGUAUGUCAGUGCGGCAGCCAAGGGUGACCGAUGGGAUAUCACCGCUGAUAUCGGAGUUGAAUUUGAGGAUGACGAUGAUGAAGACGAUGAUGAGAUGGAAGACGACGAGUAG